UCCUAGGUAGGCGACAAUUUAGGUUUAAAUGACACCGCUGCAGGGAAAAGUAAUUAGUUGCUAAUUUCAACUGACGGCGUCAGUAACACAAUGGCAAAGUUAUAUUUGCUCCUUCUGAUGGCACAUUUUGUGGUCUCGGAUCGAAAUUUAAACCAAAUUCUUGAUCGCGACGAUUGGAUUAGCAUUGCAAAGGAGUAUAUAAGGAACCACAAGCCGUAUAAGUUCAAAAACUACGAGCCAUACAAGCCGCGAGUAGUUAACAUAACCAACUCCUUCGGCGGAGAUCUUUGGGAAACAACAGACAUUCCGGAUGAAACAAUUAAUUACUCUACUGAGCCCCCGCUUUUGCCAGACUCUACAACAAUCUCUGGAAAUACGGAAUUUAUGGAAACCACGACUAGUGGUUAUGAAUCUUCAACAGCAAGCUGGCCAACCACUGAAGCUUCAGAAAUAACUACAGAGUCUCCAGAAACAAGCACUUUAAUUCAAACCACAACAGCAAGCAGCGUCUAUGAAACGGAAAGUACAACUCUAGAAUCUUUGGUGGAUCAGGUAAUCGCAGAACCGCCGGAAACCACAACGGAAGUAGAUCUAAGCACCACAGAAACCCCGGAAAUAUCAACAUCAACCGAAGAGGAAUCUACGACAAUUUACUUCACCAGCACGGAGCCCACUCCUUCAACUGUGUGGCCUUCGCUUUCCACCACACAACCAUCAGAUAUCACAACAGAAUCAAUAAUUGAGACGACAACUUUUGAAUCAACAACGUCAGGAUCCCUAUUUCCGGAAACCACCACAUCCUUGCUGGAUAUCAUUUCCACGACUCCUGGAAUCGAAACUACAACAUCAUACUUGGAUACAGCUAUUGAUAGCACCGAAGCAACUGAUUUUACAACUGAAACCACACCGCCAGGACUUAACUUUACAACUGAAACCCAAGAAGAAACCACAACUGAGUCCACCAAACCAACAACAACGACAAGACGUGCCAAUAUAGUCGAAGAUGCCAUCAGGCCGAAGAAGAUCAAAUAUAGAUACACUUCUGAUACAGAACCCGAAUUGCCCGAAUACUAGCAUUUUAAUUUAUAAUAAAUAAGAAUAAA